CAAAUAUUCAAUGAUCAACCUCUCGCUCUUCUUUAGCUUAAAACUCCGUUUUGGGUUUCCGCAGAAUGGGAAAAUACCCGCCGCUGAAAAUAUAUAUAUUUGGAAGGUUUGGCUGUUGUUCGGCAACCUCCAAAUUCCCUUUCGACCGUCGAAUUUGUAGGCUCAGACGCCACCAGCAACUACCAUGGACCUGAUGAUCCAUUCUUCUUCCUUCCUUCUUCCGAGUACCUCAGCCGGAGACGACCACCGCCGUUCUCUAACCUACGCCCUCGUCCUUCUCAACCAGCGCCUCCCUAAAUUCACUCCUCUGCUCUGGGAACACGAGCAGCACAAGUUCGAGUUUGCGCCGAUGGAGGAGCCAAUCGGGUCUAUGACGAUAUGCCUCUUCUCUUCCCAAACGAAGACGCCGCCCAUGUUCGCCGCAGGCAUUCGAAUCGUUGCUUUUAAGGCGUUGCAACAAAGGAGGGGGAUCUCCAUUUGCUUCAAUGCCUAUUGCAUUUGCCUGCUGAGAGAGAAUCUCUGGUUCAAACCAGAUGUAAUCAAAGGGGAUAUGGAUUCGGUACGAUCUGAAGUACUUAACUUUUACAGCGACUUGGGAACUGAUGUAGUUGAUGAGUCUGAUGAUCAAGAUACCACUGACCUGCACAAGUGCAUAGCUUAUAUUAAUGGUGUCAUGCCAAAUCUUGAUAAGUCAUCGUUCUGCAUCCUCGUAACUGGGGCACUUGGAGGGCGGUUUGACCAUGAAGCUGGUAACAUCAAUGUCCUACACCGUUUCUCAACCACGCGGAUAACCCUUCUAUCUGAUGAUUGCCUCAUUUACCUGCUUCCAAAAACUCACCGUCAUGAAAUACAUGUAAACUUCUCUGCUGAGGGACCGCAUUGUGGACUCGUUCCCAUGGGGAUGCCAUCCAGGAGAACUACAACAACAGGCCUUCAGUGGGACCUCAAUGAUGCGGAGAUGAGGUUUGGUGGUCUAGUAAGUACAUCAAACAUAGUGAAAGCAGAAAAGGUUACGGUGGAGUCGGAUGCGGAUCUCCUGUGGACGAUAUCAAUUAAAAAGUUCUGAUGGCCCCUCAUACUUCUGCUACAAUUUUCUCAAGAAUUCGGUUUACUUAGAAUGCAUAUGUAUAUUUACAUGCUAGUGAAAGAAAGCAAUAAGGCAAUAUAUAUGUAUGGUAUUUUAUUUAAGGUUAAACAGGGUGAUGAACUCAUUUCAAGUGAAUUUUAUGUGCAAUUGGUUGAAGUUAAAUUUCAAGAAGCCAUUUCAGAUGGGGGAUUGGGAUCGAGAAGCCACUUAGUGAGCAGCUGCCAUAUCCAUAAAGAUAAAUCGACUCUGGCCAUGAACUAGUACCAGCAGAUUAGAUGUUUAAUAUUAACUGGUCUUGUAUUGUACCCACUCUCGGGCAGGAUGGUAACAAAUAUCCAUAUUCAUGGAUUUUUUAAUGGAUAUGACUAUGAGUAAAUC